GAAUUUUCGCUCGCGCACGAGGCUCGUGUGUUUUUCCUCCGGCGUUUCGCGCUCGGCAGCGAGAACUGUUGGUGGUGUUCUAAUAAUUUUUCGUUUUCCGAUUGCCGGCUCAUAGUUAACCGGAUUCGCGCGGUUCGCCCGGGAUUGUUCAGUGUUGGCCAUUGACACGGUUUUUCAUUUUGCACAUUUUCUUCGCUCCUCGUGGUAACCGAUUGGAGGGCUGCACAAAACAUCAAAGUGUGCUGCUACAGUCUGCUGUAUGAUUUGAGGCUUUUUCGCUGCUCAGUUUUUUGCCACUGUCCGCCGGAAGUGAGUUGUGUAACAUUCAGCCGUCAGCAUCUAAGAUUCGGUUUCAAACCAAACAACAUUUGACACAGCAUCCGUAGCCGGUGAACUUGAAACAAAUCCCCGAAGUCGAGGGUAUUUUGCACUCGACUUAGUAUUUGGCGGUUAUAAAGUAUAAAGCGUGAAUAUUCGACAAACCCGAUUCGCGAGCAUGAUGUCGAAAAGUCAGGAAGCAGCUGUGAACGGGACCAUGAACCAUAAUAAUGGCGAAGUGCGCAACACCCACGAACAGAUGCACGAACGCCGCCACAACCUAUACCCCUCGAAGGUAACAGUGGUCCUCGGAGCUCAGUGGGGCGACGAGGGCAAGGGCAAGGUGGUCGAUAUGUUGGCCACCUAUGCGGACAUUGUCUGCCGUUGUCAGGGUGGCAAUAAUGCCGGCCACACGGUGGUGGUUGGAGACAAGAAUUUCGACUUCCACCUGCUACCCAGCGGCAUCAUUCACGAUAAAUGCACAUCUAUUAUUGGAAACGGUGUCGUCGUCCACUUGCCGGGCUUGUUCGAGGAGCUGGCCAAGAAUGAAGCGAAAGGCCUAAAAAGCUGGGAGAAGCGACUGAUCAUCUCCAACCGUGCUCACCUGGUGCUGGACAUGCACCAGCAGGUGGAUGGCCUGCAGGAAGCCGAAAUGGGUGGAAAGUCGCUCGGCACAACGAAAAAGGGCAUCGGCCCGUGCUACUCCAGCAAAGCGACCCGCAACGGUAUCCGUGUGUCGGAUCUGCUCGGCGACUUUAAAGUGUUCAGCGAAAAAGUUGAGGUUCUAGCGACAAUGUAUAAACGCUUGUAUCCCGGUUUUUCGAUCGAUCUGAACGCAGAGCUUGCACGAUAUCGGGAGUUCGCGGAACGGUUGAGACCGUUAGUGCGCGACUCGGUGUCGUAUCUGCACGCGUCACUCAAGGAAGGCAAGAUCGUCCUGGUGGAGGGAGCUAAUGCCGCCAUGCUGGACAUUGACUUUGGCACUUAUCCGUAUGUGACGAGCAGCAAUUGUAGUAUCGGUGGAGUACUGACCGGUCUUGGUCUGCCACCGCAAUCGAUCGGUGAGGUAGUCGGUGUCGUGAAAGCUUACACAACGCGUGUAGGUGAUGGCCCGUUCCCGACGGAGCUCAAGGAUGAAAUUGGAUCGUUUCUCCAGAAACGCGGUGGGGAAAUCGGUGUCACAACGCUGCGAAUUCGGCGCUGCGGUUGGCUCGAUCUUGCCCUGCUCCGAUACACCUCCAUGGUAAACGGUUAUACUGCGGUCUGUUUGACUAAGUUAGAUAUUCUGGAUACACUAGCCGAGAUCAAGGUCGCCGUUAGCUACAACUUGAACGGCAAGAAGAUCGACUAUUUCCCCGGUUCGAUCACCGAUCUGGGGCAGGUGGAGGUGAACUACAUCACCAUGCCUGGUUGGUUGAAAUCGACCGAAAAUGUGCGCGAUUUUGCCGAGCUGCCUCCGCAGGCUCAGGAUUACAUUCGACUAAUCGAGAACGAGAUGGACGUGCCAGUGAAGUGGAUCGGUGUCGGCAAGGGCCGGGAGUCGAUUAUCUGCGUAAAAGAAUAAACCAUGCGCCCCGUCUGCGAAGCAAAAUGAAAAGCCAGUCACCGUUUGAGCAGCACACAUUACAUCACCCGGUGUACGCCAUGAUGGGAUUCAGCGGAUUUUCGUUUCGUCUGUCUUAGAAAAACAGUACAUUGCCAUGAACGCUCGCAAUCGUUAGGUUAGCUUCUGAUUGGACUGUGUAUUAGUUUUACUUUCAAGGUAUUCACACACCGCCGACGUAAAUUUCGGAACGACACGUAACGUAGCGCGCAACGCGUCAACACCGCUUUGUCUUAUAUGAGUUUCUAUGGGGCACUUCACACCGGUUGUCGGCGUCGACAACGUCAACUUCGUACGCCGGUGAUUUCAACCGGUGUGAAGUGCUCCAAAAGUGCAUACAAGUGCUGUGUAGUGCAUACAAUCCCAUACAAGACAACGCGUUUUGACGUGUUGCACGCUAUGUUACGUGUCGUUUCGAAAUUUACGUCGGCGGUGUGUGUGCCUUAAGUUUUAGUUGUUUCCCAACAGUCGCUUCCUUCGCUGGCUCAGCCGCUAAAUGAAGUAAUGAAUCUAUUAGGUACCCUAAGUUCCGGCCAGAGGCUUCCAAUAGUAUACACUUUUAACCAUUAAAUGGUUAUUGGUGAAUAUAGGCAACCUAUCGUUUCUUGCAGGGCUUGUUGUCGCUUCAAUUCGAUGCACACGCCAUACAGUGGCAAAGUGUGCUCCAAACGCACAAUUUAUGGAGGAACGGAUACGGAUGUUACGCGCCACAGAACGCUUGAUUGGAAUUGAUGAAAAAGAGUCUAAACCGUAUCGUACGCUUAUUUAACCAGUCCUCGGUAAUUAAUAGCUCCGUUCGGGGUGAAAAGGUGAAAAUCUGGCAACAGAAGCCGCACGCAAACUUUAUGCGAAGAUUAUAAAUGUGCAUAACAUAAUGUGUAUAAAUGUGCAAAAUGAUCGACACACAUGCACGACAAAACGUUAAUGUGCAUUAAAAAGUUGAACGUUACAAAACAGCAAACCGCAAUGGCACCCAGUAGUUAGGUAGACGUUGUCCAAUAUCCCUUUAUAGGUUUGGGUGACCCCGGAACAUGAUGGAUGUUAGCUAGAGUAGGUGUUAGUUGAUGUGCUGCAUCUCACAUGCAAACCAACCGAAGAGAAGAUGUCGAUUGAUUUUUUUUCAGAUGCUGCAAACGAAGUGAAAAUGAACACUACCUGAUGAGAAGAAUUCGCUUGAAAUUUCAAGUACGUAAAAAGAAAGAGAGAGAACCGAAAGGUUUACUGUUACGUAUUAUUUUUUACCAUAAUUUUCUUGUUCGAUAAUGAAGCGAGAUGAAGUUUCGGGAUGGGUCAUUUAGAACAUGAAACCGACGGAAUUAUCAGCGAUCAGAGGCCAGUGUGAAGGAAAAAUAAAACACUGAAAAAAGAGUGCAGAGCCUACACAAUUACUUAAAAAGUACGUUUUUUAAAUUGAUUAUAGAGACUUUGAGCUGCAGUAGCUUAACAUUCGUCUCUCACUUAGAAAGUACUGUAAACGAAGGUGGUAGAUAUUUUGUUUUAUAUAUAUAACCUACGUCCCUUAAAGACUGUCUUUUUGUCCCGAUUAGUCACUCUAGUGGCGCUGUCGGGAGGAUGGAGCGUCCCUUUAGUUUGCCAUAUAAUUUUAUGCUUUGCUUGGGAAUAUCCCUUACAGAAGGAGACACUGUUAAUAUGUAUGUAAAGAAAACCUCUUAAACCGAUCACUGCAUCACUACGCGAAGUGCACGUUUAGCACCAAACACAGCUGAACUAUUAGGUGUACCAGGCUAGGUGUCUUCCCAGAAGCUUUUUCUUUUAUUGUGACUAAACAAACGACAUUUUUGUCAUUACUUUUACAAUAAAGUGUAAAAUAUGCGAAAACAUA